AUUUGCAAUAGGAUCAGGCGGAGAGAUUGUGGGAACAAACAGCUCAUGACGAGACACAUUUCAUUUGUUCUUGUCACUGUUUGGUGAAUUGUCACUGUGAUUUGUACAUUCCGUAUUUAUUUAUUUUAUUUUUUGUUAAUUGGUAAUUAAUGUGUUCAGACGAUUGUUUUAGUGAAAAUUCUUAUUUAAAAAUGGGCUGUGCGCGCAUCCUCCACGUCCUCCGGCGGUGCAAGCGUCUCGAAGAGGGUGACAACUCGACGCAACUCGCUCGGUGUUUAGGCCUCCUAGAUCUAACUGCCCUGGGCGUAGGCAGUACGUUAGGCCUUGGUGUUUAUGUGCUAGCUGGAGCAGUAGCGAAGACGGUCGCUGGGCCCGCUGUCACGUUAAGCUUUUUGGUCGCUGCUAUAGCUUCAGCGUUUGCCGGUCUCUGCUACGCUGAGUUCGCGUCCCGAGUCCCCAAAGCGGGCUCCGCAUACGUGUACAGCUACGUCAGCGUCGGCGAGUUUGUUGGCUUCACUAUAGGAUGGAACCUCAUCUUGGAAUAUGUGAUUGGAACAGCUAGCGUGGCUAAGGGCAUGGCGAACUACAUAGACAGCCUGACGAACAACAGCAUGGCGCGGGCGAUGACGGAAUGGGCGCCCAUGCACGUCGGGUUCAUGGGAGAGUAUCCGGACUUCUUCGCUUUUGCGCUGGUUCUUCUUAUUACUUUACUGCUGGCAGUGGGAGUGAAAGAGUCUACGAAACUCAACAAUGUGUUCACGGCUCUCAAUAUGCUGACUGUCAUAAUUGUCGUCAUCGCUGGGUCCGUCAAGAGCGACAUAGCCAACUGGCGCAUCAAGCUAGAAGACAUCCCCGAGGAGUACCGCGAUAAGGCCGGCGCGGGCGGCUUCAUGCCCUGGGGCGUCGCCGGCGUCAUGGCUGGCGCUGCCAAAUGCUUUUUCGGCUUCGUCGGCUUCGACUGCGUAGCCACCACUGGGGAGGAAGCGAAAAAUCCGAAGAGGGACAUACCGCUGUCGAUCGUCAUGUCCCUGGUGGUGAUCUUCGUGUCAUACUUCAGCAUCGCGACCGUGUUGACUAUGAUGUGGCCGUAUUACCUGCAGGAUGCCGAUGCACCUUUCCCCCACGUAUUCACCCAGGCCGGCCUCCCCGUCAUCAAAUGGAUCGUGACUAUCGGCGCCAUCUUCGCGCUCUGCACCAGCCUGCUGGGCGCCAUGUUCCCCCUGCCGAGAGUCCUGUAUGCCAUGGGCAGCGACGGGGUGCUGUUCAGACCUCUAGCGACUAUCCAUGGUUGGACCAAGACACCCCUUCUAGCUACAUUCCUGAGCGGGUUACUAUCAGCGAUAAUGGCAGCCUUGUUCAACCUCAACCAGCUAAUCGACAUGAUGUCUAUCGGCACCCUGCUGGCUUACACCAUCGUUGCUACCAGUGUCCUCAUUCUAAGAUAUGAACAGGAGCCAGAUCUCUCCAUCACUAGCAUGAAGCCGGUGCCAGAGACGCCGUACUCCGUGGCCAAGCAGAGCUUCAACCUGCUCGGCCUCAAGAGGCCUACUAACUUGUCGGCCUCUAUCGCCAAGUCUUCCAUUAUUAUACUAUUCGUCCUGGCCCUGAUAACCUGCAGUCUCCUAACCUACGAGCACGGCGGCGCGCUGGACGCGGCGCUCGGAGCUUUAGGAGCGGCCCUUCUAGUGCUGCUAAUAAUUCUGUACAGACAACCGAGGCAGGGCACGGCACAUCUUAGCUUCAAAGUGCCCCUCGUGCCGCUGGUUCCGUACCUGAGCGUGUGUAUGAACGUGUAUCUGAUGGUGCAGUUGGACUAUCAGACCUGGGUGCGGUUCAUCGUGUGGCUGGUUAUAGGCGAGUAGGAU